UUACAGAGCUUACAACAUCGAAGAGGAAGACGAAUAUUCACCAAGCGAAUUUUAUUAUCCUGAAGAUCUGGAAAAGUCUGAUGUAGAAAUUGAAAGAGGCAUGAGCGAAAGUCAGGAGGUCAUAGACGAUUUUAUAAGCAAACAGAAAAGUGUAAACACAAAUAAGAAGACGGCUUCUGAUAUGAAAACUCUUCUCCGCUACAUGGAAACUAACGGUAUGGCAAAUGAAUUGAAAGCCUUCCUGUAUCGGAGCUUGACCACCUUUUUUCCAAAUGUUUUAUGAACGUACGCAGGAAAAAUGGAGAAGAGUACGAGCCAGCAGCAAUUUCCCAUUUUCAGAAGAAAUAUCCAUUCAAGAUACGAUGAGAUUGAAAAAUCGAGAAGCAUACUAGCUGCGAAGUGCAAGUCACUGGUUCACGAGCACGGGAAAGGGAAAAAGCCGCUCAGGCGAUUGACGAUAACGAAGAAGAUGCUAUUUUUGAAGCGGGAGAACUCGGUGACUUCAAUCCAGUUGCACUUGAAAGAACUGUAUGGUGUUUUUUAUCCCUACACUUUGGUUUCCGAGCAAGAAAUGAAGGUCGUUAGUUACGCUGGGGAGACGUUCAGCUUCAACAGCAGAAUGAUAGUCAAGAAAUAUCUUGGUUUGUUAGCCGAGCGAGGUACGAAGACCCGACAUCGUCAGAAACAAGAACACCAAAGAGCAUUCCAGCCUAAACUUCAUGUCACCCAUACGGAGAGAUGUCCAGUCAGCUUCUACAAGAAAUUCCGCAGUCGUCGGCCAGUACAGAUGAAUGCACCACAUUCACCCUUUUUACUUGGCGGUCCGACAUAAUCGACAUAGUCCUCAAGACUAUGUUACAAAAACCGAAGAUCGUAAACGGACAAUGCCUGGCAUAUUAUUCAAAUGUAGUCUGUACAAAAUGGACUGUACCGGUUUCACAAAUCGGCACCUAUAUCAACGUACGCCCGAACAUGCCAGCUUAAGGUCGUUCGCGCUCAAAAUGUUUCAACGAAUAUAUCUUUUUUAACUUGUCAUGAACUAAGGUAAAGGUCAGCUUUUGCCAAAAAAAAAAAAAAA